AUGAUGAAGCGCCGACGCCGUAGGGACCUCAAAGAGGCGAAUGAAAAGGUGUGGAAUGGAGAGCAAGACGUCUUCCCUGUGCAGGGCUCGCUGGAUUCCAACCUAAAAAAGAACACUGCCUUCAUCAAACGCCUGCGCACGGCGCUCACCGCAGCCAACGUCGGCAUCUUCCUACAAGAGAUCCGAUCGCUAUCUCUGCACAAAUACCUGGCCGAGAUCAUUUCCGCCUGCUACGAGGGAAUCACCAAGCUUAAGGUUGUUGGCGACAUCGCUGCUGGAGUCGAAGUGCUAAGUGCGCUACACCAACGAUUCGGUCCAGAAGAGUUCACGUGCUAUCUAGGGUGGUAUGUCGGACGAGGACUGGCUACGCCGGACAAAGCACAGCUCAAGGCCUUGGCCACCGAUGUACGGGAGCGGGAGGAAAAAGAGCGCAUUGCGCGACAGCGGGUACUGCUACGUGUUGCGACGGAGUUGUGGCUCGUCGGUGUGUUGAAGAGCCUGGAAGAUGUGGUGCAGCCUGCGGAGGCAGGGAGAGCCAAGGCUGCAGAAGGCACAGUCAAGCCUAAGACAAAUGGGACGAGGUCAGACACUGCGGAUCCGGAGCCGUUCCCGCUGGAAGUGCUAAAGGACAUGCUUGGCCAGGACCGCGAACACGUCAACUUGCCACUGGUGGUGCUCUUCGUUAAGACCUUCGCUUGGGAUAUUCUUGGAUCAAAGUCCGCGAAGACCGAAGGACGACAGGCUGUUGCCGAAGAUGGCGCGACUCGCACGACAAAUGGCCAUGCUGGAUCGGCCACUACGACUGAGAAUGACGAUGGUGCUUCACCUGAUCCUCCACUGACCCCGCCGGCACUGCAGCAACGAUUUCAGAACAUCCUUCUACGGUACUUUGAGGAUGUAAAGUCGCAUAUUGUACGGGAUCAGGACCGCCUCACGACGCAAGGUAAGCGCAAUGCUGAGGCCUAUGUGAAGUCUGGCGAAGUGUUUGAAGAUCGUCAGACCAAUUACGAAAAGUCGAUCAAAGCCCAGGAGAAGCUUGUGUCGAGUGCGCAGACUCUGGCUGAGGUGCUCGGUGCUGAUAUGCCAGAUCUCUCGGAGAAGGACAGCAAUUCGAGCGGCUUCGAAGGCAGCAUAGGCUUGGUCAAGACUGGCGAGUAUCUAAGAGGCCAGGCUGAGGGUGCGGGCAUCUGGGAAGACGAAGACGAGCGUCGGUUCUACGAGAGUCUAGUCGACCUCAAAGACCGUGUCCCUGGCAUUCUGCUUGAGGAUGGCAAGAAGAAGAAGAACGAGAACGAUGAGCAAGUCGGGAAGAAGGUCGACGAGGUUGCAGAUGCCAAGGAGAAGCCCACCGAGCUCGAAGAUAGUUCUACUGCUAUUGCGAACAAGCCCGUUGGAGCUCAAGUCGAUGCGCUUCUCGCUCGGUUGCACGAACUCAUAACAAAAGAGCAAGUCGAUCAAUUCGCUAUCGACUUUUGCUUCCUCAAUUCAAAGGCCUCUCGCAACAGACUCAUCAAGUCAAUCGAGGAGAUCCCGAAGGGCAGGACCGAUCUAUUACCUCUGUAUGCGCGCUUGGUUGCUACCCUCGGACGAUAUCUACAGGACAUCCCACAGGCCAUGAUUUCUUAUCUCGACGAUGAGUUUCGAAGCCUGCAGCGACGCAAGUCGAAAGACUUCCUUGGUCAAGUCCGCAUGGUGAACAUUCGCUACAUUGCAGAGCUCACCAAAUUUGGCGUGGUUCCGGAGCACGUCAUCUUUCACUGUCUCAAGGUCAGCCUAGACGACUUCAGCAGGAUGAACAUUGAAGUUAUAGCAAAUCUUCUAGAGAACUGUGGUCGCUACCUGCUGCGCAACCCGGACACCUCGCCACGGAUGACUUCCUUCUUGGAGACAUUGCAGCGCAAGAAGGCGGCUCAGCAUCUCGGUCAGCAAGAGCGCAUGCUGAUAGAAAAUGCCGCUUACUACGUGAAUCCUUCCGAGCGUGCUGCUAUACAGCAGAAAGAGCGGACGACCCUGGACCUGUAUGUGAGAAAGCUCGUCUACGUCGAUCUUAGCAAGAAGACGCUCGACAAGGUCAUCAAGCAGAUUCGAAAACUGCAUUGGGAAGAGACGGAAGUGGUCGAUAUCCUGCGCAAGAUCUUCGUUAAACCAGGCAAGAUCAGGUUCGGCAACAUCUACCUCCUGGCUAUGAUGCUUGCCGCCCUUUAUCGCUUCCAUCCGAGCUUCACGAUUACUGUAUUGGACGAGCUUCUGGAGCGAAUUACCGUCGGUCUGGAGAUCAAUGACUUCAAGUACAACCAGCGCAGGAUCGCCGAAGUCAAAUAUUUGGGAGAGCUGUACAUGUAUCGUAUCGUGGACUCACAGCUUGUCUUCGAUACGCUCUACAAACUUCUCAACUACGGUCAUGCAGGUGGUUAUGCUCGACCAGGCAACACCUGUGCAAUGGACCUGCCGGACGAUUUCUUUCGUGUACGUCUGGUAUGCGCUGUCCUGGAAACCUGCGGGCAUUGCUUCGAGAAGGGCGCCGCGAAGAAGAAGCUGGACUUCUUCUUGAACUUCUUUCAGUUCUACAUCAACGUCAAGGACCAGCUUCCGAUGGACAUUGAGUUUGUGAUCCAAGAUACUUACAAUCUCCUUCGGCCACAGUGGAAGCUCGUACUGGGCAAUCUUCCCGAAGCUGGGAAGGUGUUUGCCGAGGCUACGAAGCAGCACUACCGCGACACCGCUGCAGGCAAGACACAGGAACCGGAGGAGCAGGAGGAGCCCGAAGCAGAAGGUGCGCUGUCUGAUGAUGCCCGCCAUGACGGCGAGGAGGACGAUGACGCCGCGGAUGUAGAGGGUGGAAACCCAAAGUCUGACAGCGAUGAUGUCGCACAAGGUGAUGAUGAAAAGCAAGCUGAUGAUUCUGACGAAGAGGAGCACAUCGUUGUCACUCGUCCAGAUGAGUACAGAGAUCCAGAAGCAGAUGCCGACUUCGAUCGUGAACUUGCCAAGAUGAUGGCCGAAAGCGUCGAGUCGCGCAAGUUUGACCGCAAGCCGAUGUUCGACGUUCCUCUACCGAUGCGGCGCACAGCUCGUGAUCCUGCCAUUGCUACAGAAGAGAAUGUCGAGGAAGUCAAACAGCCACAACCUCAAGUCAACGGUGCUGCGACCAUGAAGUUUGCACUUCUGAGCAAGAAGGGCAAUCGCCAGCAGACUCGCUCGAUCGACCUGCCAUCGGAUUCUUCUUUCGCUGUCGCUAUGCGAUCUCAGCAGCAAGCCGAGAAAGCCGAGCAACAGAGGAUCAAGAAUCUGGUCUUGAACUAUGAUCUCAACGACGAUCAGGCAGACGGUGAAUCACGCCCCGCCUUUCAUUAUGUGCAGUCCAACAAACAUUCGGUUCGACUCGUCGGUACAGGCUCACUCAACAAGAGCCUGAACAUUCAUGGUCGAUCUCAACAUUCGACCAAGAGCGACGAGGAGAAUGUCACCCCACACGAAUCUGACAACGACGAUCCCGAAUCAUUCACUGACGAGACAGGUUCUUACGACUCUUUGCAUGGCGUCCCACGAUACGACAAGUCAGGCAACACGCGCAGCAAGCAGCGCGCGAGGAAGUUGCAGUUGGGCGACAUCGAUUGGUAUGGCACACACCGUUCCAGUACUGCUUCUACCCCUGCCGAACUCCCGGAGGGACAUCACUCACUCGACCAGUAUGUCGUCGACAAGAAGUCGGCGACGCGUGGUCGUCGUGGUUCUGUCUCUCGGCGCAGCAGUGCCCAGGCAUCCAAAGGCUGA